AUCAACCAGAUAGACAUGAUUGUUUGGUUACUGAUUAGAGGAGAUGUUAUAACACUCAAUGAUAAAGCCUUACCUGUGAGCAAAGGGCCAGAGUCCUCCAUCCAUUCUGAGGGACACAGGCAACAGCACAGGGGUCUUUCCCCUCAGAUGAUGUUUUCUUACUCCCGUGAACAAUGGACACUGCUGUUUGCACGACAAUAACUUGAUGCUGUACAUAAUAAUCUUGGAGUUCACACGCUCUGCACUGUUCUGUGAUCUGUCAUUCGUAUUGUUUCCAGGGCAUCAUGAGUGUGGAAAAGAAGACGGCACAAGAGCCAUGCUGCUCCAAAUUAAAGAUGUUUUUGGCUGCCAUGUGUUUUGUGUACUUUGCCAAAGCAUUUCAGGGCAGCUACAUGAAGAGCUCUAUCACGCAGAUUGAGAGACGUUUUGACAUUCCCAGCUCACUGAUUGGAUUAAUUGAUGGAAGUUUUGAAGUUGGUAAUCUGUUGGUAAUAGCUUUUGUGAGUUACUUUGGCGCUAAGCUUCAUAGACCACGACUAAUAGGAGCUGGAUGUUUAAUUAUGGCCUUGGGAUCCUUCAUAACUGCGUCACCACAUUUCUUCCAAGGACUGUACAAAUAUGAGACAACAGUGUCACAUUUCUCUUCCUCUAAUGGUACAGAGCGUAUUCUACCAUGUUUAACCAAUGGGAGUCUUGCACAAGAUGAAAUUCCCACAUUGGAAACUCAAGCAGAAUGUGAGAAAGCAGCCAGUUCUUCCUUGUGGAUCUAUGUGUUUCUUGGGAACAUGCUCCGUGGGGUAGGAGAGACACCCGUCAUGCCUCUUGGGUUGUCUUAUCUAGAUGAUUUUUCAAGGGAGGAAAACACUGCUCUUUACAUGGCUCUCAUACAGACUGUGGGAAUAAUGGGCCCCAUGUUUGGAUUCAUGUUAGGAUCUUUCUGUGCCAAGCUGUAUGUGGACAUAGGAGCAGUGGACUUAGAUACCAUUUCCAUCAACCACAAAGACUCACGUUGGGUUGGUGCCUGGUGGCUUGGCUUUUUGUUAACUGGUGGAGUGAUGUUACUUGCUGGAAUUCCAUUUUGGUUCCUUCCCAAGUCUCUUCCUAAGCAGGGUGAGACUGAAACUGAAAAAAAAUCUAAUGAGGGUGAGCAGGACCAUUUCAUUCCCGACAACAAGCACAGUGAUGCUCCCGACAAACCAGUUCCGGUCACCAUGGCAGCUCUGGCUAAAGAUUUUCUACCAUCACUGAAAAAACUCUUCAGCAACACAAUUUACUUGCUCCUUGUAUGUACUGCAUUUGUGCAAGUCAAUGGUUUUAUAGGAAUGAUCACAUUUAAGCCAAAGUUUAUGGAGCAAAUUUAUGGCCAGUCAGCAUCGAGGGCCAUAUUUUUGAUAGGCAUUAUGAAUCUACCAGCUGUGGCUUUGGGAAUUGUCACAGGUGGGUUUAUAAUGAAGAAGUUCAAACUGAAUGUCCUCGGAGCAACCAAGAUCUGCAUUGGAACAUCUCUUCUGGCUUUCUCUACACUGCUUAUUCAGUAUUUCCUGCAGUGUGACAACACACAAGUGCCAGGACUUACAUUGUCAUAUCAAGGGGUUCCUCAGGUGUCCUAUCAGCAGAAUACACUAAUUUCUCCAUGUAACAUGGGUUGCUCCUGCUCUCUCAAACAUUGGGAUCCCAUAUGUGCCAGCAAUGGCUUGACCUAUGCCUCCCCCUGCCUUGCUGGCUGCCAAAGCUCCACUGGUGACGGCAAGAAUAUGGUAUUCCACAACUGCACCUGUAUUGGAGAUUCGCCUUUCCCGUAUGCAAACAUGUCAGCAGUGCUGGGCCAAUGCCCUCGCAAGAGUGAUUGUGACUUCAUGUUUAAGCUGUACAUGGGAGUGACAGUCAUUGGUGCCUUUCUCUCGGCUUGUGGGGCUACACCAGGUUACAUUAUUCUGCUCAGAUCCAUAAAUCCAGAACUAAAGUCUUUGGCUCUUGGUAUUUAUACUUUGAUUGUUCGGACUCUGGGUGGCAUUCCCCCUCCAGUCUACUUCGGAGCCCUUAUUGACAGGGCCUGUUUGAAAUGGGGCACAAAACAAUGUGGAGGGAGAGGAGCGUGUCGUAUCUAUGAUUCUGGUUCCUUCAGAAAUGCUUUCUUGGGUCUUAUAUAUGGCCUGUAUUCCUUGUCCUACAUAUUGUGGGGAGUCGUGUACAUUAGACUGUCUCAUCGUGAAAAGAAACUUGCACUAAAGAACCAAUUAAAAGCUCCAGAACAGGAUGCCAAUGAUGUUUCUGUUGGCAAUGGGAAUGUGUCUUCAGCCAUUGUAAAAUGCAGUGAAAACCCAGACCAGGAGACCACUAUCUAAAGUUAUGCUUUCAAAUUCAAAUGUGUGUAUUGCACCAAAAAGUUCAAAUGCAAAAAAAUGCCAUCUGAAAUUUUCAUCUAAAACUAGCAUUUUAUCAGGCUUCUAUGUUUAGAUUCAGUAAUUUUACUGUAAUGGCAAUGCAUAGGUCAUUUUCUAUGCAGUAACAUUGAAAUAGCUGAACAUAAAUAUAGGAGCCUGAUAAAAAUGCUAUUCUUUGGACAAAAUUUCAGAUGGCUCUUAGAGGCUUUUACAUCUGAACUCUUAAAGUGUCAAAGGAGAUUUCCAUAUCCAUGUAAAAUGUAAAGGUUUUGGCCAUGAAACUGUGAUAAUUUGUACAUUUACUGAUUAGAUAUACAUAUAUUUGUAUUUGUUAUUUUUUACACAUUUAAAGAAUAGCAUUUAAGUAGUAUCAGAACUAGAAAGUAAUGUAUUAUACUCAAAGAAAAUGUUACUUAUGCAUAACAUGGUUCAUUAGAGCUGAACAUUGUUACAUAAUAUUAUAUGCUAUCAUGUCAGAACAUUGUAAGCUCACUGUUUCAUAUGAAUUUCUUGUCAUGUCAUAAUGAUAUAGUUUGUGGUCACAUAUAUCUUCACACUUUGUUUUUCAUAUAUAUAUAUAUAUAUAUAUAUAUAUAUGUGUGUGUGUGUGUGUGUGUGUGUGUGUGUGUGUGUGUGUGUGUGUGUGUGUGUUGUUUUGUAAAGCAUAGUGAAUUUCUGGGUGGAACUGAAGGCAACUGAAAGUAACUGUUUGUAAAGUACAUGGAACAAUGGUGUGUUUGGAAAAAUUACUUAUGAACUGAUGAUUUAUGAUACUUAAAACCCCUAUGAAGUAAACAAAGUAAAAGAUUAGUAAAAACAUUCUUUUUAAUAGCAACAUCAGCCAAUAUGCAUGGGCACACCAUUACUUUAUACAAAUUUAAGCAUUCAUUUUUAUAAAAUUUUCUUGAAAUAAUAAAAGUUUUACAUGUAGAAGAA